AUGAGGUUCCCUGCUCAGCUCCUGGGGCUGCUGAUGCUCUGGAUCCCUGGAUCCAGUGGGGAUGUUGUGAUGACCCAGACUCCACUCUCCCUGCUCAUCACCCCUGGAGAGCCGGCCUCCAUCUCCUGCAGGGCUAGUCAGAGCCUUCUAUCCGAUGAUGGAAACACCUAUUUGGAAUGGUUUCUGCAGAAGCCAGGCCAGUCUCCUCGGCUAUUGUUCUAUAGGACUUCCAAACAUGCCUCUGGGGUCCCUGACAGGUUCAGUGGCAGCGGGUCAGGGACAGAUUUCACACUCAAAAUCAGUAGGGUGGAGGCUGAGGAUGUUGGGUUUUAUUACUGCAUGCAAGCUACCCAUUCACCAUCCACAGUGAUACAGCCCCGAACACAAACCCCUCUGCUUGGAUCCAGUGGAAAUGCUGUGAUGAUCCAGCCUCUACUCUCCCUGCUCACCAUCUCUGGAGAGCUGGUCUCCAUCUCCUGCGGGGCUAGUCAGAGCCUUCAGCAUAGUAAUAGACACACCUAUUUGAAUUGGUACCUGCAGAAGCCAGGCCAUGUUCUACAGCUCCUGAUCUAUGGGGUUUCCAACCAGGCCUCUGGGGUCCCAGACAGGUUCAGUGGCAGCGGGUCAGGGACAGGUUUCACAUUGAAGAUCAGCAGGGUGGGGGCUGAUGAUGUUGGGGUUUAUUACUGCAUGCAAACUCUACAUACUCCUCCCACAGUGAUACAGACCUGA